AUGAAAAUAAAUGCGACCGACCACCACCUGGAACUACAUCAAGCCGGCACACCGGUAUCAGAGCAGUCGACCGUUGCUCCUCCGCUGUCAACUACGUCGUCUCGAGCGGUGUCACCCGCGAUGACCACGGUCGCGCCAUUGAUGUGUUCUCGCGCAGCCACAACUACAACACUCGGAGCAGGCAGUAGGUCCUCGUCAACCUCCACAUCGCCCCCGUCGAAAGUAAAAAUCUACUCCGAGUCCACAACGACACGCUCUUUCACCCCUAUCUGCGGCGGGUGCGGGGAACCCAUCGGGGAGAAUCAGCGGGAGAAAGUUGUGUCUGGCGUCUCCUUUCACGAUUCCUGUUUUGGCUGUACCAGUUGCGGAGAGGCGUUUGACUGCAAAAGAGCGUUUUUCGUCGGUGACAGGAAGUCCCUGUGCCAGGACUGCGCGGGCAGUUUGGUGGAGCGGAGUUCGGGUGAAAAGAGCCCGGAAACCGCCACGGCUUUUGUGCUGAGCAACUUCCAGAUCUGUCAGGUGGUGCAGACCAAUGGAAAAGGUACUUCUGAGCUAUGCUAUGAAUGAAUGUAUACAACUUCUCACGCGAGCUACAAAGAUGUAGAUGAAUCAAGAUCACAGAAUUGCAGCCUUCUGCGGCCAUGGAUAUAACCGCACUGGUUUUAGUACUUGUCCGAUUGUAAGACUUUUCAAUGCGUCAGAAAGGAAAUCGAGAUUCGUGGAUGAAGGAAGAGAAACAUCAGGUGGUGCCGGGCGGCUGUCAAGGAACGACACCAAGUUGCACCUGCACAUUAUCCCCGCGGAUGCAAGCGCCUUGACGAAUCCCCUGUUUCAUCCUCAAAAGCCAGCUUCUGCUCCGAGAAGUCCGAGCAAACCGUCGGCACUGGAGGAGGUGAGGACAGCGACUGACAGGAGCAUGCAGACGGAACAAGUUUUUGUGGCGUCCAGGCCGCCGCCUGUUUGCGAUGCGGCGGUCAACGUCGACCUUCCGCCGCUUGGAAAAAAUUCGGUAUCUUCCGCCGCGCCGAUGACGAUUCCCGUUGGCAAUAUUAAGCGCGAACCGUCCGUCACGCCGCGGGACAGUCGGCAGCUCGUUACUGGUGCUUUUUCUGUGGCG